GGCCAAGAUGACGCCUUGUUUGGACAUUGUAUCCUCAGGAAUCUGACGUACUUGCCAGUUGCUCUCCGCUUGACAUCUAAAUCUAUAAAGCCCCAGAUUUCUCCCACCGUUCUUGACGGUAGAACUCAUCAGUCUCCAUCAUUCCCCAGAUUCCAUAUCCACUAUCAUCAACAAUUACCAAACACACAAAUAGCUUGACACUCCCCGAGUCAUUUCUCAAUAACCUCUGUUUGAUUAUCAUUACUGGAAGCACCUACCGAUACCUCAACUUCACGCGUCUCGAUUGUUACGCGUGCGCCUGAACAGGACCAUAUCCAUUCCUAGCAACACCAUCAUCAUGUCUUCACAACAGACCGAGUUCUUCAAGGACAACCUCCCCACCCAGCGUGAGGUCACCACCCCCGACUCUGUCCCCAGCUCUCCUGAGCUCGGAAGCUCUAGCUCAAGUGACAGUAUCGCCAGUCUCGGGUCUCCCGCCUCUCCCAUCUCCCCUCCCAUCUCGCAGCCUGUCGCCGACUCGUUCGUUUUCGCUUUCGACAUCGAUGGUGUCUUGGUCCGUGGUGGACGAGCCAUUCCUGAGGCCAUCCAGGCCAUGAAGGUUCUCAAUGGCGAGAAUGAGUAUGGCAUUCAAGUGCCUCACAUCUUUCUCACCAAUGGUGGUGGUAAGACUGAAGAGGAACGAUGCGGUGACCUUUCAGGUCAGCUCAAGUGCGACAUCAAGCCUGGCCAGUUCAUCUGCGGCCACACUCCCAUGAGGGAGAUGGCUGAGAAGUACGGCACCGUCCUUGUCGUCGGUGGUGAGGGCGAGAAGUGCCGACAUGUUGCUGAGGGCUAUGGCUUCAAGGAUGUUGUCACACCUGGUGAUAUCAUCAAGCACAACGCCGCUACUACUCCCUUCCGCAAGCUUACCGCUGAGGAGCAUGCCAACUCCCGUGAGCGAGACUUCUCGGACGUUGUCAUCGACGCUGUCUUUGUCUUCGCCGACUCUCGCGAUUGGGCUGGAGACAUUCAGAUCAUGCUCGACGUUGCUAUGUCCAAGGGCGGCCGUUUGGGUACCCGCAGUGAGACCAACGACGAAGGCCCCCCCUUCUACUUCUCUCAUAACGAUGUUGUCUGGUCUGCUGCACACGAGCAUGUCCGUCUAGGUAUGGGUGCCCUUCGCCGCAUGUUCGAAGUUACCUUCAAGGAUCUCACUGGCGGUAACGGCGUUCUACACACCCACGCCUUUGGAAAGCCUCAGGUUUCCACCUUCGAGUUUGCCUCUCGUCUGAUGGGCCAGUGGCGUCAGACUGAGCAUGGUCUUGUCGCUCCUCCUGAGACUGUCUACUUUGUCGGUGACACUCCUGAGAGUGAUAUCCGAGGCACCAACGCCGUGAACAAGGUUGCCGACAAUGAUUGGUACAGCAUUCUCGUCAAGACUGGUGUCUACCAGGAGGGCACUGAACCCGCCUAUAAGCCUCGAGUCACUGUUGAGAAUGUUCUCGAUGCUGUUAACCACGGCAUCAAGCGUGAGAUGGACAAGAAGGCUGCAAAGGGCCAGAUCUCCAAGUCUGCCCUUAUCCCCGAGUCUGGCAUCACAGAGAUUGCUGUCGACAUGGAUGGUAUUACCAUCUAAUCCAACUCGCACUCUUCACUUCAACAUUACAUUUUGGGUUACCGUUUUUUUCCCCUUUGGAUUUCUGACGGAGUUUCGGGUAUCUUUCCUUUGUUACAUACAGCCAUGCAUUACGAACAGUCCUUUACACAAGCAUCUGCAUAACGGCUUUUUGCAGGUGUCAUGAGCACAAUAUACAAACAAGUCUUGAAGACCGGAUAGAACAGGAAACAUCUGAAUAGACGGAUGGGUUCUAGAUUCGAGGCUUUUCAUCUUAUCUAGCUAGAUUCUUACCUUCUUUGAUGCAGCACCCUACUAUACCCUGAUGAGCAUCACAUCAAAUCCCAUAGAACAGCAAAAAGAUAGAAAAAAUCAAGGCUCUUAUAAUAUCUUC